AUUUUCUCUUGGCUAUGGAUGUUGUGAUUGUCCGUAGGUGAACGUGGAGGUACCACCCGGCGGAUCUCGUAGGCGGAGCCAGAAUGUGUGUUCCCUCGCCAGAGUCCGUGUGGCGUUCCCCCUUUCCCCUGUAUCCCCCUAUAGCCCCACGGUACCCAAUGGGUGUUUAGGCCUUAGGCCUUCGUGGUAGUUAG